AUGCUUCGCCUCUCCGCUUCUUUCUCCCUCCUCUACCCUCCUUCUCUCCCCCCGUCCGUCUCCCACCCCCGCCCGCGCCGCCUACGCGCCCUCGUCUUCGCCGCCUCCGCCUCGCCUUCCGCCUCGCCUUCCGCCCGCAGCCUCCGCCUCCUCGAGUGGGGCAAGGUUUGCCGCGCCGUCGCUUCCUUCGCCGGCACCGCGCACGGCCGCGAAGCCACCAAGAAGCAGUUGUGGGCUGUGGAGAACGUGAGCUAUGACCGGAGCCGGAAGCUGCUCCGGGAGACUGAGGCGGCGGUGCGGCUGCUUGGCAGCUCCGGUGGGGCAUUGGAUUUCUCCGGGCUGGAUACCGUCGCGGUAGAGUCAGCAAUAAAUUGUGUCUCUGGUGGUUCCGUGAUUAAAGGCCAGGAAGCAAUGGCAGUGGUUAGCCUGAUGCUGUUCGUUGAAUCCUUGCAAGUAACUAUCAGAGCUGCUAUGAAGCAAGAUGAAGACUCACAUAAUCUGUUACUGCCCCUUACAGAAACAAUUCUAGAUGCUGUUGUCAGUAAGCCACUAGUGAAGUCUAUACAGGAUGUCAUAGAUGAUGAUGGCUCCGUGAAAGACACUGCAAGCCCUGAGCUAAGACGAUAUCGAGAUCAAGUUCAGGCCCUAGAGAGCAGGUUAUGCCAGCUUAUGGAUAAAUUGAUACGGAAUGCGGACAAUGAAGCUUCCUUGUCGGAAGUAAGCAUUGUAAAUGGAAGAUGCUGCAUUAAAAUAACUGGGGAUAAGUCCUCAAGUUUUGAUGGAUUACUACUCUCCAGUGGUUCAGAUGCUGGAAGUAUGAUAGAACCAAUUGUUGCUGUUCCACUAAAUGAUGAGCUACAGGGCGCAAGAGCACUAGUGGUUAGAGCCGAGCUUGAAGCUUUAUCGAAACUGACUGACAAGAUUCUUCUUGAGCUUGAUAAUAUUCAGAUUUUGAUGCAGGAAACAGUUACACUCGAUAAGGUCACAGCUCGUGCAAGAUACAGUGUAGCAUACGAUGGUACACUUCCUGACCUGUAUUUGCCAAACAUUGAGCAUGGAAUUGCCAAUGCGGCUAAAGAUGAGCCUGCUAGUACAACUUCCUCAGCCCAACUUACUAAGAGGCCAUGGAAACUGUUCAUUCCAAAUGCAUACCAUCCACUAUUGCUCCAGCAGCACCAGGAAAAUUUGCGUCGUACAAAAAAGGAUGUUGCAAGUGCCACAGCGGAGAUUCGGAGGAGGAGGAUAUAUGGACAAGAUAUCGCAGAGGAAGAUCAACUGGCUUCAGAAGUUGAUUUCAUGAAAAUUAGGGUUUCUGAGCUGGAGAGGAACCAUCCGAUACCAGUGGAUUUUAUGAUCGCUGAAGAGACUACUGUUUUGGUCAUAACUGGGCCAAAUACUGGGGGGAAAACAAUCAGCUUGAAGACGGUUGGGCUGGCAUCAUUAAUGGCCAAGAUAGGUCUAUACAUUCUUGCUUCUGAACCAGUUAAAAUUCCAUGGUUCGAUGCUGUUUAUGCUGACAUUGGAGAUGAGCAAUCUUUGACCCAAUCACUCUCAACAUUCUCUGGGCAUCUGAAGCAGAUUGGGGCCAUUCGCGCUCAGUCAACUUCACAAUCCUUGGUCCUUUUGGAUGAGGUUGGUGCCGGGACAAAUCCACUCGAAGGAGCUGCUUUGGGGAUGUCUCUCUUGGAGUCUUUUGCUGAAGCUGGUUCCUUUCUGACUCUAGCUACAACUCAUCAUGGAGAACUGAAAACACUGAAAUACAGCAAUGAUUCAUUUGAGAACGCUUGCGUGGAAUUUGAUGAAGAGAAUCUAAAGCCUACGUUCAGGAUACUUUGGGGAAUACCAGGGCGUUCAAAUGCAGUCAAUAUUGCUGAAAGGCUAGGUUUGCCCUUGGAUAUUAUAGAAAGCGCUCGGCAGUUACUUGGAACAGCUGGUGCAGAGAUAAAUGCAUUGAUUAUGGACAUGGAAAAAUUCAAGCAAGAAUACCACGAACAACUCCAGCAGGCACAACAUUAUCUUAUGCAGUCCAAGGAGCUUCAUAAUGACUUGGAAGUGGCACAGAAGAGCAUUGUAGAUCACAGUACCGCUCAGAGAAAAAGAAAGUCAAGAGUAGUUUCGGAGUAUGCUGUUAUGGCUCGUUCGAUCAUUCAUAAGAAGUUCCAGCAGUACAGAGAAUCCGCAGUGGCUCAAAGAGUGCUAGAAGAAGAGAAGGCUGCGGAGAAAGCCAAAUCUGAGGGGGCGAAAGGCCCCGAGCUAUCUAGUACUUCUGCCCCUAAAAAGACGCAGAAUACAAAUAUCAGCAUGGUCACAGAAGCUAAUGGCAAGAUAAUAGAUGAAGAUGGUGGGAUUCCAGAAGUUGGGGAUUUAGUUUACGUUCCUAAACUCAAGAACCAAGCUACUGUAGUCAAAAUAGAUUCGUCCAAAAAUGAAGUGCAAGUCCAAGCUGGCAUGAUGAAGCUCAAGCUAAAGUUGAAAGAUGUCAAGGUCCAGAAGCAGAGGACAUCAAGAUAA